UUGGAUGAAUAAUGAAAAUAUUGAACACAGAAAUUUGUUUGACUAGUGACUACCACCUAUCGCUUUUGCAAACCCCCCAGCUCAUCAGAAGAUCAAAAUUUUCUAACCUAUUUAGGAAUUCAAGUUUUUUCUUCGCCAUAAUUAUUCAAGACCUCUUACGUCUUGAAAACACAAAAAAAAAUCAAUAAUCUAUGUUAGCUGGAAUAAAAAAAAAAAAAAAAAAACUUGAAUAGAAAUUUGUACAUAUAAAUAUCGUUCAAGAAUUUGAAAAUUUUAAUUUUUUUUCAAAAUGUUACUCUAAAUGCCUACUUACCUACCUAGUUGAGAGUACAAAAGAAGGAGGAGAAAUAGGCGGGAAUCAAUGUUCUCUUUGAAUCGCGGCAGUCUUUUUCAUUCAGAAGGUUAGAAAAGCAAACAGCAGCACAGUUGUAUUACCCUAUUGAUAGCAUGUGUAUUCAAUGUGUAAAAUUCAUCAUACAAUUUUUAAUUUAUUGUUUCAAUUGAUGAUCCAGAGGUGAAAUUUUUCAUCAAGUAAUGAUGUUUUUUCGGGAUACUUGAAUUUAGAAAUGUAAAAAUAAUUUCGCAUUUUGAACUUUGAAAAAAAAAAAAAAUGAAAAUGAAAAUACUCUGGCUCAUCAUUCUAAUAGUCUUUUCACCACUUUCUACUUCCAAAACAACCGAAAUAUUUCAUCAGAUAAAUGUAUCUGCAGUGUCAACUACAUCUAUCGCAACGAUAUCGACAACAAAUACCAUUCUUGAAAAGUCUACAAGUCCUACUACACCAUCAUCUGACGUAUCUAUAGUCUGUAAUAAAUUGAAAGGAUUAUCAUCUGGACAACUAAAACAUUGCCAUCUUUAUGAAGACCACAUGGAUUUUGUCAAUAAAAGCAUAAGAAAUAGUUUGAAGGAAUGUCAAUGGCAGUUUCGUUAUCAGAAAUGGAAUUGCUCCAUAAUUUCUCAAAAACCAACUUUUUUUGGUCCUGUUUUAAAAUUUGGUAACAAAGAAGCGGCAUUUCUUCAAGCUGUUACGACUGCAAGCGUAAUGCACGGUAUCGCUCGAACAUGUCGCGACGGGCAAUUAACACGUUGCGGGUGUUCUACACUAACAAGGCCCGCUGAUCUGUCAAAAGAGUGGAUUUGGAAAGGAUGCGGAGAUAAUUUAGAAUACGGAUAUAAAUUUACAAGAAAUUUUAUCGAUAUAAAAGAAAAGGAAAUAAUGCACCGAAGAAAAGCCGAAGGCAAGGAGAAUGGAAAAUCGUUGAUGAUGUUACACAACUAUGAAGCUGGAAGGAGGGCUGUUCUGAAAAUGACUCGAAUAAGUUGCAAAUGCCAUGGAGUAUCCGGAUCUUGUACUCUGAUUACAUGUUGGCAUCAAUUGCCGCAGUUUCGUGAAAUAGGAGAUUACAUUAAAAAGAAAUACGACGAAGCAAUCAGAGUAAAAGUGAACAAAAAGGGCCGUUUACAAAUCAAAGAUUCGAGUAGUCGUAAACCUACGGUUACAGAUUUGUUAUACAUUCAUCAGUCACCAAAUUAUUGCAAAAAAAAUAUCAGUUUCGAUAGUUUAGGAACUGAAAACAGAGAAUGUAAUAAGAAUUCAAAAAUGCAAGAAAGUUGUGAUGCACUAUGUUGUGGACGUGGUUACAGCAUCAAGAAAGUAAUACUAAAAGAAAAAUGCAAUUGUACAUUUCAUUGGUGCUGCUAUGUAAAAUGUGACUCUUGUGAACAAGUUAAGGAAAUUUACACCUGUAAUUGAUCUCUUCCUAUCAAGCAAUAUUUGUAAAGACUAUAUUACAUUUUAUUCUUGCGAAAAACGAGUGAACAAGCAAUAACGCUAAAAAUAAAAAAAAAAUGCAUAGGUACUCAUACUCAAUACUAGAAACAGAAUAAACGAUUUCAUUGUAAAAUGAGAAGAUAGUAAUAAAUUACAGCGAAACGAAA